UAUGAGUCAGUCCGAGGGGAGUCUUUUCGCAACUGCAAAAACUGUGUCAUGAUAUCGACAUGAUCGAUGUCGUCCCCGAGACUGCACCGUGUCUAGCCAACGACAGCUGAAAAAGGAGAAGAGAGAAGCGACUCUGCAGAUCUGUAUUAGUCUUAGGAAGUUAGGUAUGGCUGUGUCGAACAUAAUUGGCCAGGAAAUAGAAAAAGAAGCCGAUCCACUUCUUGAGCUGAGUAGAAAGUUGUGGCUAUGCCCUGAGACGAAGUACGAGGAAAUCUUCGCGCACGAUGCGCUGACGGAGUUCCUGGAGCGAAAUGGCUUUACGGUCAGCAGGCGAUACAAGCUGGACACGGCGUUCCGUGCCGUCUACAAGCAGGGCCAAGGUUCACCGCAUGUGGUGGUGAUUUGCGAGUAUGACGCGCUGCCAGAGAUUGGACAUGCCUGUGGCCACAACUUGAUAGCAGAAGUCGGCGUGGCGGCCGGACUGGGCCUGAAAGCAGCACUGCUAGCCAACCCUGCGGUGAGCGGUACCGUCACCGUCCUGGGCACGCCAGCGGAGGAGAACGGCGGUGGCGGAAAGGUGAAACUGAUCGACGCCGGUGCCCUACACGGCGCGGACGUGGCCAUGAUGGCGCAUCCCGACGCGCAGAACAUGAUGGCGCCCGGCGUGAUGGCCAACACCACUGGCUCGGCGGUGUACACGGGGCGCGCCGCCCACGCCGCCGCUGCGCCCUGGGAAGGCGUCAACGCGCUGGAUGCCGCUGUGGCUGCCUACACGUCCAUGUCCAUGCUCCGGCAGCAGACCAAGCCCGACUGCAGGAUGCACGCCGUCAUCACCGAGGGUGGCGUCAAGCCGAACAUUAUCCCCGAGCGGAGCGCGCUUGCGUUCACGGUGCGUGCUACGAGCGAUCGCGAUCUCGCACCCCUCAAGGACAAGGUAACGGCCAUAAUGAAAUCAGCUGCUGUGUCAACUGGCUGUGAGCUCAACCUUGAGUAUAGUUGUCCCGAUGGCCAUGUCUCGCACUACGCCAAUCUCAUCCACAAUACUGAGCUGCUGACACGCUAUCAAAUGCACUGGAGUGGUUUUGGACCCCAGUACGGUGACAUCGUCCCAGACCGCGUCUGGGCGUCCACAGAUAUGGGAAACAUAUCGCAAGUGGUUCCGUCCAUACACCCAACGUUCAGAAUCAGUGCGUCGGACGUCAAUAUACACUCGCGGGAAUUCACCACUGCGGCCAUGGAGCCGCAAGCGCACGCCGCGGCUCGCUGCGCCGCCAAGGCUAUUGCUAGUGUGGGCUGGGAUGUACUGACUGACGAGGAUUUCCUGCGGAAAGUGAAGGAAUCCUUUCAAGCUCAGCGCGCUGAGAAUGCGUAUUAAAACGUCCCCAGUGCUUGUGACAAUACGACCAACCGUGAGUACAGAGGUACGGUUGGAUUUUUUGACAGUUCUGCCUGUUGCGGCCCAUGUAAUUAUUCCUCUACUCCCUUCUAGUUUUUCUAUGCUGAUGGGGUUGGCUUAUAAUCUUGAUACUGAAUCUGCAUCUAGUUGAAAGAGCAGACCCACUUUUACCAGCACAUUGAUUCAUGCAGAACGUUAUUUGACACUAACUUCACUGUUUAAGUGUUUACCUAGAGACCCCGAUGGGCAGGUACAGGAUGCAGGUACAGGAUCAUGAUUUGUGUUCUACGUACGUAGACGUAUUUGAUCUCUUUUUUUCUGGAAUUUUCUUUUCCGUGUAUGCUAUCUUAUCAAUUGUGUCAACUGUUUGAACUAAUUUGUGCGUCUGAUCAUGUCCUUGUAAGCUGCUGAUCAGCUGUUUGUAUGUAUCGCAUAUGGCUGCAUAUGACUUAUGCGAAGGCUAACCAAGCUUGCUUCAA